AUGGAUUCGAAAUCGGAUGUUCAACAGCGGCAGCAGCAGGCGCAGGCAAGCGCCAGUUCUGCGCCACAGCCCGCACCAUCUUCCGUACGACUUGAGCCAGCUAAUACAGCAGUAUCCGGAGCAGUGCUCGCCACCGUUACAGCCAAGGAGCAAGCGAACGUCGAUCUUAAUAAUUUUAACUUCGGCGCUUUUCAGGUACCGCUGCUACUUUCUGUCUGUUUCUCCCAACCUUUUCCGCUAUCUAACAUUUAG